AUGGAGUUUGACAGUAAUAUCACAUCAUCAUCUCAUGCGGGAAACGUAAGCCAUGUACCCGGUGCGUUACCUCUUCCAACCCUGAUCGUGUAUAUUUCAUUUAGCAUACUCGGUAUCCUUGGCAAUGGUCUUGUGCUCUUUGUGAUUGCAAGGGUUGAAUAUCUCCAAGACACAACUAAUCUUCUAAUUGUGAACCAAUCGCUUAUAGAUGGGAUCUCUUCGAUACUUCUACUUGCCAACUUUGUCUUGCCCAAACCGCCCCUUCCUGGCAAGAACCCAUCAUUGGCUACGAUACUUUGCGGAAUCUGGUAUUCCCAGUAUCUCUACUGGGCAACCUAUAUAGCUACAAUGGUCAACUUAAUUCUCCUGACAUUGGAAAGGUACUUCGCGGUUGUUUAUCCUUUACGAUAUAGAAGACAUGUCAAAUACAGACUGGUGAUCGUUUGUUCCUUGAUUCCGUGGAUGCUUGGGCUUCUUCAUAUGAGCUACCUGAUCACUCUGACUAAGAUAAAAGACGGGACGUGUCUUCUCUUCAUGUGGCCGAACGGAGUCAUGCAACCUGCCAUGGGCAUCUACACAUUUAUUUUGUAUUUCAUCAUUACCUUCACCGCCAUGUUCUGGAUGUACUAUCGCAUCAUGAAUACCUUGCGCCAGGCAUCGAAGCCUGCUCUCGGGUCAGUCCACCAGGUCAAAGACUACAGGGAACUCGCAAGGAAAAAUGCAGUAAAGACCAUGCUGUCUUUGAGCCUCUGCUAUGCUACUUGCUGGGCACCAAAUCAAUUCACCUACCUUCUCUACUGCUUAGGAGUAAAUAUCGACCUCGACGGAACGUUUUAUUAUGUAACAGUUUCCUUUGCUUUUAUUAACAUGUGGAUCAAUCCCUUUGUAUAUACAUUACAAUAUCAUAAAUUUCAGAACGGACUUAAAACAGUAUUCGGUUGUGCAAGACAAGGCCAUGAGACCGAGGUUCAAUCUGCACAAACCAUAGACACGUCAUUAUCUCAACCUUAA